AUGUCUGCCUCUCUUCCUGGCAGCCGGGACCUUCCCCCAUCGCAAUAUGACCUGAAGACCUAUUGGGGUCGCGUGCGCCACGCCGCCGACAUUUCUGAUCCUCGGACCCUAUUUGUUUCGCCCACCGGUCUUGAAAGUGCCAAAAGCCUCAUUGCUUCUUACAAGCAGAACCGCAUCCCGGGCAUGACUCCGGAGUUGUGGUCGGCGAAGAAAGUGGUCGAUGCGACAUUGCACCCUGAUACUGGAACGCCCGUUUUCUUGCCUUUCCGCAUGUCAUGCUACGUGCUCACAAACUUGGUCGUCACAGCAGGCAUGUUGACCCCAGGAUUGAAGACAACCGGCACCCUGCUCUGGCAAAUCGGUAACCAGUCCCUCAACGUCGCCGUCAACAACGCAAACGCAAACAAAUCUACCCCCCUCUCCUUGUCGCAAAUCGGCAAGUCUUACCUCAUGGCCGUCUCGGCCUCCUGCUCCGUCGCUGUCGGCCUGAACGCCCUCGUCCCCCGCCUCAAGAGCAUCACCCCAAACACUCGCCUCAUCCUCUCCCGUCUCGUCCCCUUCGCCGCUGUCGCCUCCGCCUCCGCCCUGAACGUCUUCCUCAUGCGCGGCGAGGAGAUCCGUCAGGGUAUUGAUAUCUACCCCGUCCUGUCAGAGGCCGAGCGUGCCAAGCGUGAGCUCAGCGAGGACGCUGAGCCAGUCCAGAGCAUCGGAAAGAGCAAGAAGGCUGCUACCAUCGCCGUCGGUGAGACGGCUAUCUCCCGUGUCCUGAACGCUACACCUAUCAUGGUCCUACCGCCGCUGAUCCUCGUUCGUCUCGAGAAGACGAACUGGCUCCGUGCCCGUCCCCGCAUGGUCAUGCCCAUUAACUUGGCGCUGAUUCUGGGUACUUCCAUCUUUGCCCUGCCGCUUGCGCUCGCUGCGUUCCCGUCUCGCCAGGCUAUCAGUGUCGAUAGCCUUGAAGAGGAGUUCCGGGGUCGUGGCGGUGAUCUCGGCAUGGUGGAGUUCAAUCGCGGGAUGUAA